UGUGUUUCAUUUAAUUUGUGCCCCGCGUAAAAUGCAGUCGUCUUUAGCGGGGAUUUCUUUGUUCAUUUUGUUUUUAAGCCACCAGGGGGCUGGCCAGUUUCUGGAGGAACCCUGUGGAACUAUAAUCGGUUCCAAUGGCAUUUAUUCUGGACUCCAAAAAAGUGCUCCUUGGAUGGCAGUCAUCAGAAAUGCCUCUGAUUAUUUAUGUGCCGGCACCCUGAUUCACAGACGCUUUGUUUUAGGCACUGCACAGUGUUUAAUGAAUCAGUUCACGCUAUUAGUGAGGUUGGCAGCACACGGAAAAGCGCAGGCAUAUACCGAGUAUACUGCCACCCAAGCUCUAAUGCACCGAUCUUUCAACAAGUUAACUCAGCAGAAUGAUAUAGGCCUGCUUAAACUGUCGAGCAGCGUGGUCUUCGAUGACCACAUUUACCCCAUCUGCAUUGUUUUGGAUAAGAGAAUUAACGAUCACAUAGAGAUGAUUGGGACGUUCAAAUCCCUUGGCUGGGGACCAUCGAGAAGUGACUUGGAGUUCAAUGAACUGCACACUGUCACCGUUAACAAAGUCAGUGAAAUCGAAUGUCAAAGGCACUCGGGUGACACUCAUAACAAGAUCUGUGGUCGUAUGCCGUUCGCCUGCUGGAGUGAUGACGAUUCUGGCAAUCCACUGACCACCAGCAUUGCCUUUAAUGAAACCACCGAUCUGGAAGUGCAGUUUGGUAUCGCAAGCUAUGGAAGAUCAAGCUGCGAGGGACCCAUAAUUUUCACCAACGUGACAAGCUAUGUGGAUUGGAUUGAGGAAACAAUAAAUAGAUUUUAUGCCAAGGAAACUCCUUUGAGUUCUCCAGAAGAACCAAAACUAAAGCUUGCGGAUGCAGUGACUCCCAAACCGAAUCAAAUCCAGAUGGUACGGGAUAUAUGGUUGUAUAGUGAUUGCGGUGGUGAUACCAUAGAAUCGCACCUACUGGCAUUCGUUUAUGGAGGUACUUUCCAGGCACACGGUGUGUUUGUCACUGACAAAUUUGUUUUAACAAUUGCCAGGGAAUUGCCAGAUAACUUAUUUGUUGGCCCAAUGGCAUUAAACAGAACUUUAUACACUCCCUUAAAAGUUGAGUGGAUCUUUAGGCAUCCUCAAUACUUAGACGACGGCCAAAAUGAUAUAGCAUUGCUCAAACUGGAGCAAUCGGUGGCGAUUGGCGGUUUGAAACCGAUCUGUGUGCUCACGGAAGAAAGGUACCAGCCAGAGGCAGAAUCUUCUUCGCCCUUUACUUUAUUCGCCACCAAGGAAAUUAACCAAAUCAUUAGCAUAUACGAACACGAUGUUGAACUCGUCGGGCCCGGCGAAUGUUCAUAUAAUAUACAGGGAACAAUCGGACAAAAUCAACUGUGUAUCGCUGGUUCUCCUCAGAUCAAUGAGAAUUAUGGAAAACAUGGAGACUUGUUGGGCAUAAAGAUGUGGUAUUCGGGAAGGGAAUGGCUAAGCUUGAUUGGUAUUGUCAGCUAUUCAACUAAUGGUCUGCAUGUUCUCACAAAUGUUAUGAGACAUACAGCGUGGAUCACUCAUGUUGUUUCGACUAAUUAGCUACAGCAACCCGUUAAAAAUGUCUAUCUAUAAUUAAAUAUUGUAAAUUCCUCAUAUUAAAAAAAUUCCUCAUAUUAGAAACAUCCUGUGUCUAUUUAAAAAGUUUGAGCUUAUGGAAAGCAGCUGAGAG